AUGGUCACGUGGCGCGUCGCGCGUGCUGGUGGCGCGCGCGCAGCAGGACUCGCCGCUGCUGGGGCAGGGCGUGGAUCCCGUGGCGGCGGGCGCGGCGCGCAACUGCACGCCCGUGUUCAUGAGCGCCGUGCUGCACAAGCUGCUCAAAGUCGACGGUGCGCUCUUUGUUCCUUCCGCUAUAUGCUCCCCCUCCUAGCUUUUCCACUCCUUCCCCGCUCCCCGCCUCUAAACGUUGUUCCACCUUCCCCCCCGUGUCUCCCCGGCCUUCCCCCGGUCGUCCCCGCGUGGCGCAUGCCUUCUUCGUUUCUCCCCGUGUCCGUGGUGCGGCGGGCGGCAGAGAAGAGCUACAGCUUCGACGCCGUGGUGCUGCUCAUGAUGUCCUGGGUCGACUCGCGAGCGCCGCUCGUAUGGCGCGCCAUCCGCGGAGUGCGGGACGCGCGCCUGGCGGAGCAGCAGCACCGCGUGGCGGAGUGCGCGCGGCUUUCCGACCGCCUCGUGGGGAACAUGGGCGCAGACGCGUGGGGGGAGCAGAACGGCGCAGCAGGGGAGCAAGCGCCGGGGUCGCAGGGGGCACCAGGGACGCUGGGGGCGCCGGGGGCGCAGCGGAAGGGGGUUCCGCAAGGGGGAAAUGCGACGGGAGCACCGUCGGCGGACGGGUCUAGCCCUGCGCCCGGUGCUGCUCCCAGUGCUGCUGCUGCUGGCAGUACCAACAGUACCUCUAACAGCAGCGCCAUCAAUAGUAGCAGCCCUGGCAAUGCCACCACCGCUACCAGCAGCAGCAGCGCUGACCGUGUUUCCCGAAUUUUGGCUGUGGCAUCUGCACCAGCACCUGCAGCAGGUCCUGGUGCUGGUGCUGCCAACGGCACAACAGGCGCUGGUAACGGCAGCGGCCCGCCUCUGAAAGCUCCUGGUGCUCCUGGUGCUCCCGGUGCUCCUGGCGGUCCCGGUGCUCCUGGCGGUCCCGGUGCUCCUGGUGGUCCUGGCGGUCCCGGCGGCGGUCCCCCCCACGACCUGAACGCCUCUGCUGUCGCUGAGCUGUGUGAAAGCGCCAUCACUAAGCCCGUGGCGCCCCCCUGCAGCAAGCGGUGUGCGCCGGGGUCGGAGCUGUGCUGCGAUGCCGUGUGGCUGCCGUCCUUCCACGUGCCCAACGUCAACGCGUACUCGCAGGACCGCUACAUCACCGACGAGAUUCAGCAGUUCGCACCGCUCACGAGUCCCACCGCCAUGGGCCGCCAGGUCCGCCUGCAGGGCACGUUCUCAACGGCAUUCAACUUCAAGCGCUUCCCCUUUGACAAGCAGUCGCUCACGCUCACAGUGUCGCCAGCAGCCUUGGACUCACCACAAGCAGCGCGCUCCUGCUACUACCUGGUCUCCUCGCUAGUAGCUCGUGAGGGCGCCAGCGCGCUAGCCAUGGUUGCCACAGGGGGCGACGGCGGGCCUGGCGCGUACACCACAGACGAGGUCACCGGGUGGUAUACCACCAAGGUCGAGCUCAGCUGCACGGGCGACGGGGUUCUGAAUAAGACCCGCAGCAGCAGCAAUAGCAGCGGCAGCGGCAGCGGCAGCGGCAGCGGCAGCGGCAGUGGCAGUGGAAGCAGCAGCAGCGGCAGUGGUAGUAACAGUGGUGAUGCUGCUGCCAGCACCAGCGGUGAUGGAGGGGCGGGUGUUGCUAGUGGCUCUGCUGCGGCCGCAGCAAAGACGAGCGCUUCUGCUGCUGCUGCUGCUGCUGCUGCCGCCACUGCUGCUGCCACUGCUGCUGCUUCUGCGGCCGCUGCCGCUGCUGCUGCUGCUGCUGGCCGUGCUAGUAUCGACAGCAAUGGCAUUGGCGGUGGCGACGGUGGGGAUGGUGGUGGCAGUGGUGGUGGAUGGAGCAGUGGUGGUGGUGGUGGUGGUGGUGGUGUCGACCCUGUGAACACCAUAGUGGAUGCAGCAAGGUCAGCCAAAGGGGGAGGAGGAGGAGGAGCACCCAAGAUAGGCGGGCAGCAGCCAGGGGGGCAGGAUCAGGGGCAGCAGGGGGGACAGCAGGAAGACCAGGCGCUCGUGGGGGGCCCGGCAGCGGACUCCCCCUUCGCCUCUACAGCUGCUCCGGGCGUGUGGGGAGCGGAGGUGGGGGGCGGGGUGGGAGCUCUUGCCCCUGAGAUGGGCAUGGGCGUGGGCGGCAUGUAUGCGUCGACAUGCACGCUCACGAUUCAUGUGGAGCGAUACAGUUACUACUACCUCUGGACGAUCAUCUUCCCGACGAUGAUAACGGUGUGUCUGGCGUUUGCGGUGUUCUUCGCCACGCCCACGCAGCUGGACAUCCGAGUCAGCACCACAGUCACGCUCUUCCUCGCGCUCAUCGCCGUGCAGUUCGUCAUCGAGGAGCAGCUACCCAAGACGUCGUACGUGACGGCAUUCGGGCAGCUAGUGCUGGUGUCUUAUGCAACCAUCGUGCUUGUCAUCCUCGAGUGUCUCUUCGUCUUCUACCUCACCUCCAUGGAAGAGGUUCGUUUCCUGCAGGGCAAGCUGCCUCAUGCGCACGGCAACGCUGACGACGACGAAGACGAUGACGACACCGAGGCUGGUACAAGGGGUGGUGGGUCUCUGGGCCGGCGCAGCUGCAGGCACAACAAGCGCAGGGCCUAUGCCGAGCUUCCUCCUCCCUUGGUCUCCUAG